AUGAUCCUCGUUAAUGGCCGCGCUUGCAUGGACCCCAAAUUUGUGCAGCCUGCACAUUUUUCCUUCAGUGGGCUUCACAUAGCUGGCAAUACAUCCAAUCGGUUUGGCUCUGUGGUUACUCCAGUUAAUGUGGCCCAAAUACCUGGAUUGAACACCCUUGGUAUCUCUCUGGCUCGGAUUGACUAUGCAGCAUGGGGUGUUCUCCCUCCCCACAUGCACCCUUGUGCCACGGAGAUCUUGACAGUCCUAGAAGGGACACUUGAACCUCUAACCCUGAGAACCGAUUCAUUUCAAAAGUUCUUUAGAAGGGUGAUGUGUUUGUUUUUCCGAAACGUGGGGUAUGGAAGUGCUGUUUCGAUCUCUGGUUUGAGCAGCCAGAAUCCUGGUGUCAUUACCGUGGCUAAUGCCGUUUUUGGCUCAAACCCGCCCAUGCCAACUGAUAUGCUUGCCAAAGCAUUCCAGGUGGACAAGAAUGUGGUCGAUAACCAUCAAGUCAUUUUCUAA